CGGAUAUGGAUCAAACAAUACCAAAAUAAAAUGUUUUUAGCAUCAUAACUCGAAACAAAACUAUUUCUUUCCCCACAUUUUUCAAAUAUUGAAAAAUAAUCCCAUUGUCUUUUUUAGGAGUUUAAUAAUUUAUUGACUAACAUUGAUCAGAAACAUCAUAUACAUGAAGUUAGUGAAGAAAAUGAAAAAGAAUUAUUAAGACGAAUGAAAAAAGAAGCUGAAGAUGCAUUAGUCCGUCAAUGGCAAGCGGCAAAUGAACGUUUAGCAAAAGUAUGAGUUUUCUUUUUCUAUUCAUAUGAGUGAAUUGCAUAGUUUUAAAGAAAAAUCGUCAAAGGUUAAAUAAGAUAAAUAAGAAUUUCAAAUACUUUAUUUAAUAGAAUAAUAAUAAAAAGUAUUAUUUUUCCUACGUUUGAUCGUAUAUUAGUGCGAUAAUUUAAUAUUUUUUUGAAACAAGAGAAUCUACGAGUAUAUUGCUGCAAAUUAGGGUUAUAUAACGUGUGUAUCAUAAAUAAUGUCGGUCCCGGUAUUUUUGUGCUAACUCCUGUUCCCUAGGUUCCCUGGAACAAAUUCUUUUUUUUUUAAUAGAACUACCGCAAAAUUCUCUACAAAAUUAUACCUAAACUCUAAUUUUAGAACUAAUUAAGAAAACUAAGCAAAUUAUAUAAAACACGAAAAAAAUGAAAACUUUGUAAAUUUGGUAUUUUUUUUCGACUUGAACUUUUUCUUCUGCUAUUAUUUCCCUAAUAAAGUGUAGUAAAAGAGAGAAGCAUUACAGGAAAAUAUUUGAAAAAUGUGGGGAAAGAAAUAGUUUUGUUUCGAGUUAUGAUGCUAAAAACAUUUUAUUUUGGUAUUGUUUGAUCCAUAUCCGACGAACGACAUGAAAUACAGACGUAAUAUUUUUAAAAGUAAAUGACCAGUUCUAAACUAGCAAAAUGAAAGGAUUACUCUCGUUUCGUCCCGUAUUUGUUAAUUAGCUCUCGUUUCGUCCCGUCUCAUUUCGUCCCACACUUGUUUCGUCCCCUCUCGUUUCGUCCCACACUCGUUUCGUCCCGUU